CUCUCUUUCUUUCUCAAAACUCAAACAACACGUACCCUCGAAACGCGCUCUACGCCAAACCCUUUAAAGAAGGAUAACCGUCUCAAACCAUAAGAGGGAAGCAACAGAGAAGAGAGAACAGAGAGAGAGAGAGAUUUGAUUCAUCUCUCCCUCUUUCUUGUGCCAAUACCUUCAGCAUUUUCAAUGGCAGAAGCAUCAUCUUCUAAACGUAAGAAAAAUCCCAAGAAGUUCCUCAUGACUGAGUCGGACAUUGCCAUGGCUCAGAAGCUCAUGCAGCUUAGCGACGAAGAUAGCAACAAUAACAACAAGAAGAGGGACGCAGAUGAUGAUCAAGAGGUUGAUCAGAGCCGAAGCGAUAUAACUUCGGCAGUGAUUGAAGAGAUUUUCGGGAAAGAAGAGGUCAUCAUGCAGUGCCGGCCGAAGAAGCGGAGGUAUCGAACUCUUGAUAGUAUUUACACGGAGACGAAACCGAUGAAUGCUAGAUACCGGAAACAUUAAUGGUAUUUUAGUUUAGAAGAUUGAUUAAUCCAGUAACAAAAUUGUGUAUAGAUGGUUUUUACUAAUUUAGUACUUUUUGUAGGAAAAAUGGAGACUGUAUUUCUUGCUUUGCCUAAUAAUCAGUAACAGACGUUGAGGUUUUUUCA